UCGCAAUUACACCCAGCGAGCGAGGGCCAGAGAAAGCCGCAUUCUUCUCGAUCUAUUAAUCAUAAAUACCCACAUUCUUAGAAAAACUCCCCAAAAAACUUACGUAGUACUCCAUUCUGAAAAUCAUGCCUUGCUCUACAGGUUUCUCUUCUCCUACUCUACUAUCCAAAUGCACUGUGUCUCCGGACCAAAAGUCCACGCUCGGAGACCUCAUGCUCUCCGUCUCAGACCUCCCCAUGCUCUCCGUCCACUACAUCCAGAAGGGUGGCCUCUUCACCCGCCCUCCUAUCCCCAUUGAUUCCCUUAUCUCUCUCCUCAAACUGAGUCUCUCUCAAACUCUCUCUCACUUCCCGCCUCUCGCUGGUCGAUUGAGGACAGACUCCGAUGGCUACGUCUAUAUCACGUGCAACGACGCCGGGGUCGACUUUAUCCAUGCCACCGCUACUAGUUUGUCCGUUCGUGACCUCUUGGCUCCGACCCAUGUGCCUGACUGCAUUAAGGAGUUCUUCGCUUUUGACCGAACCGUGAGCUACGAAGGCCAUUUCAAACCCCUAUUGGCUGUGCAGGUCACGGAGCUCGCUGAUGGCGUUUUCAUUGGUUGCGCUGUGAACCACACGGUCACUGAUGGCACGUCGUUUUGGAAUUUCUUCAACACCUUCGCUGAGUUGUCUCGUGGGGUCAGGAGGAUCUCGAAGCAAGCGGACUUCAGCCGUAGCUCGCCAUUGAUUUCGUCGGCAGUGCUGAGAUUACCAGAGGGUGGUCCAAAGGUCACCUUCUCCACCAACGAGCUGUUACGUGAAAGAAUUUUUAGCUUCAGCAGAGAAACACUUCUGAAGCUGAAAGCAAGGACCAACAAUCGGAAAUGCAUCGAUAACGUCGAUGUCGACGCAGUAGAGCUGUUGGGAAAACAGAGCAACGACCCUUUCCUAAAUAACAACAACGGCAAGGUGACGAAGAUUCUUGAAAACUGGUUCAAGAACACCGUGUCUAAAUCGAAAAACGACACGGAGUCGAACAAAAACAAAACCAUGGAAAUUUCAUCGUUUCAGUCACUCUCUGCACUUCUCUGGCGUGCGGUGACCCGUGCGAGGAAAUUGCCCUCUAACAAGGCGACGACUUUCAGAAUGGCAGUGAAUUGCCGUCACAGGCUGGAGCCGAAGAUGGAUCCGUACUACUUCGGGAAUGCAAUUCAAAGCAGUCCGACUAUUGCGUCAGCAGGUGACGUGUUAUCUCGGGAUCUGCGCUGGUGCGCAGAGCAACUCAACAAAAAUGUGAUAGCCCACGACGACACUAUGGUGCGCCGCUACGUAGAGAAUUGGGAGAGCGAUCCGAAGUGUUUCCCGCUAGGAAACUUUGAUGGUGCAUCAAUCACGAUGGGUAGCUCCGCGAGAUUUCCGAUGUACGACAUCAACUUCGGGUGGGGAAGGCCUUUGGCGGUUCGGAGUGGUAGGGCCAACAAAUUUGACGGGAAGAUAUCGGCGUUUCCGGGGAGAGAAGGUGGUGGAAGCGUUGAUCUUGAGGUGGUUUUGGCGGCGGAUACGAUGGCGGCGCUCGAGUCGGAUUCAGAGUUCAUGCAAUAUGUGUCCUAUUAAUCUAAAAAGGAAAAAAACCAAAGAUAGUUUUGGCUUGGCAUGCUUAAUGGUAUAUGCUCUGGAUAUGACAAAAUCAUGUCAACUUUGAAAAAUGCAAUAUGUGGGUCUCGUCUCAUGUUGUUUGGGGGAAAAGAGUUAUGUUGGGGUACUAAACGAUCAAAUGCGUAAAAAAUGUGACUGAUGGGUCAAGUAGAGUACUGUGGGAGGAUGAGGUGUGGAGACUACUGGCCUGUAGCGUUUCGUUUGCUUGUUUAUUUUGUGACAUAAAUUUAGUUUCUAAUUAAUGUUCUGUACUUUCUUGCCUUUUUCUGUUUUUUGUCUC